AUAAACCGACCAAUUUUAGUUGAACAAGUCGUUCACUAAUUCAUAUUUACAUAUAUCUUUUCUAUAUGUUAAUUCUGUCACAAUGAGUUCGUUUUCCUGUCUAAAAAAUGGAGAUAAGCCCUCAACAAGAAGGAAAGUUUGGUAAAUUCGACGAUCAAGCAUCGAACGAUUCAACUCCGAGCACAACCACAACAGAUCACGAGCAAAUUUCAUUCAGUGAUGAGUAUUACGUUAGAUCUUACACAUGUAACUUCUGUAAGAAAGGGUUUUCUAAUGCACAAGCACUUGGUGGACAUAUGAACAUCCAUCGAAGAGACCGAGCCAAGCUUCGACAAUCAUCUAUUCAUGAUAAUUCGUCGUGUAAUGACCGUGCUUCUAUGCAAUCUGAUACAUCCAUUACUAAAACAAGGAGUCAACUUUCCGUAAAUAAUGAAACAAGAGAUGAUAUUGAGGUUGGGAAAAAGAAGGCGCUUGCCUUGUUUGUUGAUUCGUCGUCGGGCAAGCAAGGAAGUAGUAACUCAAGGGUUAGCAGGGAUGAUUCUGGUGUGGACCUUGAACUUCGACUAGGGCGUUCAAGAACUGAAAUAUGAUGAGUUGUAUUUAUGACUUAAUUAGGAGUCAAAGAGGUUAGUAAUAACAUCUAAUGUUAGCUCGUAUUUACUACUUGUAUAUAUGUACCGGUUGUAUGAAAAUAUAUAUUAAAGGUUGUAAAUGUUUAUAGUUACUUCUUGUGUUAAUGAAUUAACUAAU